AUUCGUUACAAUGUCAUCUAAUUACUCAUUUGAGUCAUUUUCUUACGAAGAAGUCGUUGAAGAGGAAACUGUGAUCUCCGAAGAGACAGCCCAAGUAAACAUCGAAGAAGACUCUAUACAUUCAGGAGAAUCAAAGUUUAAGACUUAUACUUUUGAAGCAAAUGAAGGACGCAGCCCGAACGAAAUUCAGCAAUGCAUCGAUUUUUGGAAAUUUAUCGAAAGUCAUAAAGACCUAUAUCCGAAACAUGGUUUCAAGGUGACUGCUCCCACUGAUUGCAAAGCGAAACAAAAAGGUAGACAUACUGAAGAGUUAACAUGGACGGAAGUAUUGAAGUUGUUAAAGAGUAAAAAUCUUGAUAAAGUUGCAAAUCUUCCUACUGAUCCAAAAGAACUCUGUAAAAUCGAAACAUGUUACGAACAAUCACAACGAAAGAAAAUUAAAUCACCAUCACAACAACGAAAAUCACGUCUCGAUACAAUCAAGAGUGAAGACGACGAAGAUGAUGAUGUAGACGAUUUCCAAUUGGACGUUUUAAACGAUUACGAGCCAUAUAAAGUGACCUACGCUGAAGUUGAAUGCCAAACUGACCCGAUAGAAACAACCGAAAAUGAGGCGCAGACCGAUGAGACCGCCAGCGUAUUGGACCUACGAGAACGUUUCAAGGGGCUGGAUGAUUUACUAAAGGAAGUAGCAGGCGCCGAUCUGACGGGGUACUUCGACUGUAUUUGCGAUCCCCCAUGUGAAUGGUUGCCCUAUCCUACCUCAACAAGUUCCCCGCAACCUGUGAGAAAAUCCAAGCGUAGAAAGAAAGACAUAUGUACUUGCAGUUGUGGCGAAGCGAACUGUUUAUGCUCUAUAUGUGCGGAGAUUCUGAAAAGUAUCCAAAAUGCUAGAGAUAGUUUUGAACAAUUGAGUGAAUAUGAAAUCGAACAGUGUCCAUGCGUGGAGUUAAGCUGCGCUUGCUUGGAGGACUACCGCACGCUGUUGGAUGUAAAAUUAGAGAUUAAUCAAGCUGUCAGAGAGGCUGCGAAUGACCCUGAGGCGAAAUUCGGUUUACCUGUGAAAUGUAAAUGUUCUUGUGAGCAGAACAACUGUCCUUGUAAGAUUGUCAUGCAGCUCUUCAGUGAAUUAGACGAGCUAAUGGGCUACAAAGAAAAACCGUUAUUUUAUUAUGACGAAGAACUGGAACGCACAAUUGGGGUGGAUGUGUGUCGAUGUGAUGGUGAGAACGAUGACGAACAAUGCGCUUGUUUGAGUUUUUUCCGUCAACGAAUAAAAGAUAAAAUUGGUAUUAAUACAAACCAUUCACAGCAAAAUUUGCGUGGAAAAUCACCAGCAAAUGCAGAACCUGAUCAAGAUUGUCUCUGUGAGGAUCGUGAUUGUUUGAUGACUGCGUCGGUGUCAGAUGCAUCAAUACUCACUGAAAUUAAAAGUUAUAGUGACAUUUUAUUCCCUGCAGUCCCGCCAAAUUCAACUACAAGUCAACUGCAGUGAAAUUAACAACUUUUUUGAUUGAAUAUACAAUUUACAAAAGAGUUAAAGAUUUUGGCGGCAAAUUUUACAGCUUGAUGUGUAGGGCAGCCCAUUUUGUAGGUAACUACUGGCUGUGAUAUGAAAGAAAGCGACAUAUCACACCAGGAGUUCCUUCAAACCAGAAACCCUUUGUGAAGCAUUGUAAAAUUAAGCGCUUUUAAUGUGAAAUUAUGGCGAUGCUGACUGAUCGUGGGUCCCACGAAGAGUUGUCACUAAACAUUCUGCUUUGCUGAACCAGCUUUAUGAAUUACAAAAUACUCAUACAACUAGAUCACCAAAGAAGAAUAUGCAUGACGGUUUCUGGAACACGCAACUUGCAAGAACUUCAGUAGCAGAUGUGAGGUUAUGGCUGUGGAUGUUGUGCGGCUGGUGCGUUUUUUUCGCCCCGUUGCAGGCGAGUGUUCCAUCUAGUCACACGAUAAAAGCAUUGCAAAUAGACGCCAACACAAGCGUGCACCAGGCGAAAUGCGAACGUGGCAAAUGCAGGGCAGUAAUGCACAAAAAACUUACCACGUGUUUGCUGUGGACGGCAGCGGUGAAAGACGCGCGAGGCUAAUGCGAGUGGGAAACGGAAUGAGUGGCGCGUAAUGGAAGGAAGUGGCGCGCAAACCGUCGUUUGCUUGUGUGGUACCGACGCAUGCGUCAAGAGCACACAACAACACGAAGGGGCACGUUGUUACACGAACGAAGUAAACACAGUUCAUUUGCUUUCCAGUAGAUGUCCCUAAUAACAUCAGAUUAAUAUUAUGGUGACCUACGUGAAUGGCCGUAUAUAUAAGUGUCACUAGAGCCAAAAGUCUAAUGCGGUGAGCCGUUGAACUAAUUUCAAAACAGGCUCGAUAUUCAACGAUUAUUAAGCCUCGUGCUUAGUCGUAUUAAUCGCGUCGGUGAGUCGGUGCGUGUUUCUAUUGCCAGCCUCGGUUAUAUUUGAUUGGUGUUCAUCUUCCAUCGAAAUUGCUAAUAAGAAAUCAAUUUCAUUUUUACGCGCUUCGUGGUCCGUUGCAUUACGUCUCCGGAAAAUUGAAUUCGUUCAAUCGUUACUAUCCAGCAUCUACGGUAUGUGCGUACUGCAAACUGCGAGGGACAUGAGUUGGAGUUCGCCAUCGUUCCACAGGUGAAGAUUUUUUUUGACAACACUCGGUAUGUAAAUUUUCCUUUAUGCCCAGCCAAAAAUUGACAAUAUUUAUUGUUUUGGGGUGAUUUUCUUUUUGAAUUGAAGAUUUUCUUUCGAUAACACCCUGUAUAUAAUUUUCCACUGAUGUCAUGCGAAAACAGGGCACAAUUUACUAUUUUCUAGUGUUAUAUUUUGUAAUUUGAUAGCCAUGCAUAUGGCCGCUAUGCAGAUGAUAAACAUGCUUUAAAAUGACGUCACGUAUUUUGUAGGUAUUGAAAUUGCAAAUUCUAAAGUUAUAUUGUAUUUAGUUUGUUAAUAAAGAAAUGUUAAAGUCAA